CGUCCAGCCGCCCCUCCCCUGCCUCGGCCCGCCCCACGCGGGGGCAGCUGACCGCACGCGGCCCUGGCGAGAGGCGCUGCCCCGCAGGGAGCGGCCGGCCCCCGCGCCACCAUUACCUCGCACGGAGGCAAGGAGGACCUGCUCUCUCUCGCCGCCCGGCUCUGGCAGCGGAGGAGGCGGCUGCUGGCCGCCGCCGGGCUCGCCCUGGCCAUGGCCGUCGCUCUGCUCGUCGCCGUACCCCUGCUGCUGCUGCAGGCGCCCGCCGAGAGCGGUGCCCACUACGAGAUGAUGGGCACCUGCCGCAUGAUCUGCGACCCCUACAGCGGCGCCCGUCCGCCCGGCCCCGGCAGCACCGCCGCCGUGGAGGCCCUGCAGGACCUGGGGGCCAAUCCCCCGCCGCCCUUCGCGCAGGGACCGAAGGGGGAACCGGGCCGGCCGGGCAAGCCAGGACCCCGCGGCCCCCCCGGGGAGCCGGGCCCGCCGGGCCCUCGGGGGCCGCCGGGGGAGCGGGGGGAUGCGGGGAAGCCGGGGCUGCCCGGGCUGCCGCUGGCGGGGACGGGCGGCGGCGGCGGCAGCGGCGGAGGAGCGGCGGCGGGCGGCGAGGCGGCGGGCGGGCUGAGCGCUGCCUUCGGGGGGCCGCGCAUAGCCUUCUACGUGGGGCUGAAGAGUCCCCACGAGGGCUACGAGGUGCUCAAGUUCGACGACGUGGUGACCAACCUGGGCAAUCACUACGAGCCGGCCAGCGGCAAGUUCACCUGCCAGGUGCGCGGCAUCUACUUCUUCACCUACCACAUCCUCAUGCGGGGCGGCGACGGCACCAGCAUGUGGGCCGACCUCUGCAAGAACGGGCAGGUGCGGGCCAGCGCCAUCGCGCAGGACGCCGACCAGAACUACGACUACGCCAGCAACAGCGUGGUGCUGCACCUGGACUCCGGCGACGAGGUGUACGUCAAGCUGGACGGAGGCAAGGCGCACGGGGGCAACAACAAUAAGUACAGCACUUUCUCUGGCUUUCUUUUAUACCCCGAUUAAAGCGCGGUGAGCGACGUGGCCCAGGCGAUCCCGCGUUUCCCCUCUGACUCCCGUUGUGCCGCGGUUCCCUGCUGCUCUCCGCGGGUCACUUCAGCUUCGUUAUCGGUUUCUAUGUUUUUCUUUUUUUGAUUUUCCCGUGGAAACAAAAUACACGUGAACAACGCGACCCCUCCCUGGCUGCCGCCUUUCCCUGACCCCCAUCCUCAUGUCAGUGUUCUGUGUCACACCAGGAACCUGCAGCCAGAAACCCAAGAGGUUCCUGCGCUGUAUCAGAGAUUCAGAGAUCAGCCUGUGCCAUACACAGCAUUUGAACUGCUCGAUCAUUAUUUUUUUGGUCAAUGAAUAUUAACUACAAUGAUGAAUUUUCAGAUGGAUUAUUCAUGAUGUGGCACUGGACCAUAUUUUUUCCUCUGCUGCUUCAUUUGUAUGGGAUCAAAUGUAAACUUUUCUGUGCAAUGCGAUGCUCGUGUGAAUGAUGAUGUCUCUAACGUCAAACUUGUUCCCGUCUGCAAAAGAAUUCAGUCGUUGACCACACUCAACAAAAUAUCACAUUAAAUUAUGUUUUU